AUACCGCCUCCUGAAAGUUGUGGCUACAGGACAGGCUUUGGCUGCUUUCUAGAACGUCGCUCGGAUCCCUUUAAAAGUGGGGAUCUUGACGGAGAAUGCCGGGGGAUGAAGGCGGGAGCUGAGGGCUGGAGAGAGUCUCUGUUGACAUAGUAACUCUUCAGCGCUGUCUCCCUUGCUCUCCGCUUUUACGCUUCGCUACCACCAGCGGCCCCGCCUGUGCCCUCUCUGCCCGGGAGCCCCGGACGCAUCCUCGCGGGGUCUCCUCGGCCUGACCUGCUCAGGUCAAGGUCCUCUUUGCACCCCCUUAAGUGGUGACUUCUCCCCGGGCCAGGGGGCGAGCCACUUGCGGCGGGCGUCUGCACCCCCGCCUCAUCGCCGUCCCCUGGGAAACGGUCUGCCCAGGACCAGUUCGGCCGCUGACGCGUGCCCUCCGCACCGGGUCCCCGCUGGAACUGCCCACUCGGCUCCCCCGGGAGCGGGGCCCAGGCCAGUCGGGCGUUCCCGCCAUGAGCCAGAGCCCGGCGUUCGGGCCCCGGAGGGGCAGUUCUCCCCGGGGCGCUGUCGGAGCCGGUGCGCGGCGCAACGAGAGCCAGGACUAUCUGCUCAUGGACUCGGAGCUGGGAGAAGACGGCUGCCCGCAAGCCCCGCUGCCUUGCUACGGCUACUACCCCUGCUUCCGGGGAUCUGACAACAGACUGGCUCACCGGCGGCAGACAGUUCUCCGUGAGAAGGGGAGAAGGUUAGCUAAUCGAGGACCAGCAUACAUGUUUAGUGAUCGCUCAACAAGCCUCUCAAUAGAGGAGGAACGCUUUUUAGAUGCAGCUGAAUAUGGUAACAUCCCAGUGGUGCGGAAGAUGUUAGAAGAAUGCCACUCACUCAACGUUAACUGUGUGGAUUACAUGGGCCAGAAUGCCCUACAGUUGGCAGUGGCCAAUGAGCAUCUGGAAAUUACAGAACUUCUUCUCAAGAAAGAAAACCUCUCUCGAGUUGGGGAUGCUUUGCUUCUAGCUAUUAGUAAAGGUUAUGUUCGGAUUGUGGAAGCAAUUCUCAGUCAUCCAGCUUUUGCUGAAGGCAAGAGGUUAGCAACCAGCCCUAGCCAGUCUGAACUCCAGCAAGAUGAUUUUUAUGCCUAUGAUGAAGAUGGGACACGGUUCUCCCAUGAUGUGACUCCAAUCAUUCUGGCUGCCCACUGCCAGGAAUAUGAAAUCGUGCAUACCCUCCUGCGGAAGGGUGCUAGGAUUGAACGGCCUCAUGAUUAUUUCUGUAAGUGCAAUGACUGCAACCAGAAACAGAAGCAUGACUCGUUUAGCCACUCCAGAUCUAGGAUUAAUGCCUAUAAAGGCCUGGCAAGUCCGGCUUACCUGUCAUUGUCUAGUGAAGAUCCAGUCAUGACGGCUUUAGAACUUAGCAAUGAACUGGCAGUUCUGGCCAAUAUUGAGAAAGAGUUCAAGAAUGACUACAAAAAACUGUCAAUGCAGUGCAAAGACUUUGUUGUUGGACUCCUUGAUCUGUGCAGAAACACUGAAGAAGUUGAGGCCAUUCUGAAUGGGGAUGUUGAAACGCUCCAGAGUGGUGAUCAUGGUCGCCCAAAUCUCAGCCGUUUAAAACUUGCCAUUAAAUAUGAAGUAAAAAAAUUUGUAGCUCAUCCAAACUGCCAACAGCAACUUCUCUCCAUUUGGUAUGAGAAUCUUUCUGGUUUACGACAGCAGACAAUGGCGGUCAAGUUCCUUGUGGUCCUUGCUGUUGCCAUUGGACUGCCCUUCCUGGCUCUCAUUUACUGGUUUGCUCCAUGCAGCAAGAUGGGGAAGAUAAUGCGUGGACCAUUCAUGAAGUUUGUAGCACACGCAGCCUCCUUCACCAUUUUUCUGGGACUGCUAGUCAUGAAUGCAGCUGACAGAUUUGAAGGCACAAAACUCCUUCCUAAUGAAACCAGCACAGAUAAUGCAAAACAGCUGUUCAGGAUGAAAACAUCCUGCUUCUCAUGGAUGGAGAUGCUCAUUAUAUCCUGGGUAAUAGGCAUGAUAUGGGCUGAAUGUAAAGAAAUCUGGACUCAAGGCCCCAAGGAAUAUUUGUUUGAGUUGUGGAAUAUGCUUGAUUUUGGAAUGUUAGCAAUUUUUGCAGCAUCAUUCAUUGCGAGAUUCAUGGCAUUUUGGCAUGCUUCCAAAGCCCAGAGCAUCAUUGACGCAAAUGAUACUUUGAAAGACUUGACGAAAGUAACAUUGGGAGACAAUGUGAAAUACUACAAUUUGGCCAGGAUAAAGUGGGACCCCUCUGAUCCUCAAAUAAUAUCUGAAGGUCUUUAUGCAAUUGCUGUAGUUUUAAGUUUCUCUAGGAUAGCUUAUAUUUUACCAGCAAAUGAAAGCUUUGGACCUCUGCAGAUAUCACUUGGAAGAACCGUCAAAGACAUCUUCAAGUUCAUGGUCAUAUUCAUUAUGGUGUUUGUGGCCUUUAUGAUUGGAAUGUUCAAUCUCUACUCCUACUACAUUGGUGCAAAACAAAAUGAAGCCUUCACAACAGUUGAAGAGAGUUUUAAGACACUGUUCUGGGCUAUAUUUGGACUUUCUGAAGUGAAAUCAGUGGUCAUCAACUAUAACCACAAAUUCAUUGAAAACAUUGGUUACGUUCUUUAUGGAGUCUAUAAUGUUACAAUGGUCAUUGUUUUGCUAAAUAUGUUAAUUGCCAUGAUCAACAGUUCAUUCCAGGAAAUUGAGGAUGAUGCUGAUGUGGAAUGGAAAUUUGCAAGGGCCAAACUCUGGUUUUCCUACUUUGAGGAGGGGAGAACACUUCCUGUACCCUUCAAUCUGGUGCCAAGUCCAAAGUCCCUGUUUUAUCUCUUACUGAAGCUUAAAAAAUGGAUUUCUGAGCUGUUCCAGGGCCAUAAAAAAGGUUUCCAGGAAGAUGCAGAGAUGAACAAGAUAAAUGAAGAAAAGAAACUUGGAAUUUUAGGAAGUCAUGAAGACCUUUCAAAAUUAUCUCUUGACAAAAAACAGGUUGGGCACAAUAAACAACCAAGUAUAAGGAGCUCAGAAGACUUCCAUUUAAAUAGUUUCAAUAAUCCUCCAAGACAAUAUCAGAAAAUAAUGAAAAGGCUCAUUAAAAGAUAUGUACUGCAGGCCCAGAUAGAUAAGGAGAGUGAUGAAGUGAACGAAGGGGAACUGAAGGAAAUUAAGCAGGACAUCUCAAGUCUCCGCUAUGAACUCCUUGAAGAAAAAUCUCAGAAUACGGAAGACCUAGCAGAACUUAUUAGAGAACUUGGAGAGAAAUUAUCCAUGGAACCAAAUCAAGAGGAAACCAAUAGAUAAUGCGAAGACUUCCUUAGAAAUUCAUAUUUAUUUGUCCACUUGAAGCCAUAUUAUUUUCUGAUUUAUUUUCUUAAGUGCCAACAUGCCCACCUUUUAAACAAGAAAACAUUAAAUAACUUGGCCCAUCCUAUCAUCUGGAGCCGUAGUAUCUAAUUUGUUUGGUGAUUAAACUCCAUUGUUCAGGGUAAAAGCUGUAGAUAAUGAGGAAAAUUAUGCCCAGUUGUUUGGUGCUUGUUUUAUAAACUGCUUUCUUGGAUAUAACUGUUGUGAUGAUGUCAUUGCCAUGUAGUGUCUGCCUGACAAUGGGUCCCAGCGGACAGGGGCUGACCCACGUUACUCCCCAUGCGGUUUUUCCUCUGAAGUUUAUUUCAGGUUCUUUCUUGCCUGCUCUGUGGAUCCCCUGCUCGGGACGCCGAGCUCUGAAAUUUGGGAAAAAGUAGUCCAUGGGCCUUUAGAAUGCUUUAGUCCUUUCUUUAGAAUGCUAUUUAAACACCAUUUACCCUACUUAUCCCUCAAAGCACAUGACUGAUACUGUUCAUACAAAAUGGGCUUACAUCUAUGUAAAAUUUUCUGAUUCAUCUAUUUGAAAACAUCACACUUAACAAUGAAAAAAGUUUUUCCUCCACUGAACCCUGGAAACAUGGUCCAGUUUUGUGUGUGUGUAAAUGUGUACACACAUACAUAAAGUACUUGCCCUAUUUAUUUUGUGGCUAAUGUGGACACACAAAAGCUCUUUAUGUUAUAAAUUUUUAUUGUGACUAAAAAAUUGCUGUCUAAAUAAGUACCUUUUAUUGGAGAAAAAUCAAAACCCCAAACACUGUGGUUAUUUGAUUCCAUUAUAGCACAAUUUUGUGCCAUUUCUGGGAGCAUUUACAGAUGAAUUCCCACACUUAGCCAUUGAAUGUAAAGGGGAAAAAUAAGAUGGGAAUUUGUAAAUACUUAUCUGUUAUUUUCAGUAUGUGCUAUUCUUCUACCCAAAUAUAUAAAACAGGAAUUUGCAUUCAUGUGCAUUUACCAAGAGGUUGUUGUUGUUACUUACUGAUCGUGUGAAGUGGUGUCUUAAACAACUAAAAGAGAUGAAGGUUCAUAUGUUUACUCAAAGACCAUUGGCAUUCAGAGGAUGCUGGACAUUAACUGGAAUUGCUACUUCCAAUUCAAUAAUGGGAGAUUUCAAAUGCAAAUCUUUAACUUCAUCUUAAAGAUGAAAUGGUUGUAGAAAAUCUGUUUAGCUCCAACUUUGGCUUAAUUUAAAUCAAAGAACAUUUAUGUAACCAGAUCAGAAAAUACAGCUGAAAAUUUAUAUUCAGUGAUUUUGUAUUUGUGGAUACUACUUAUGGAAGUUACUUGGUGAUACAUAAAGAUCGAUUUUCAAAUAUUUUGUGACAGUAUUUGAAUCAGCAGUUGUAAAAAAAUCAACCUCAUACUGAAUGCACUAUCAGCAAAUUAAAAUAAUCUAACAUCCACAAAAAGUGUGUGUUGUGCCACGCGAGAGAUGGACCGUCAUCCCAAGGGUGCUCUAUGACAGCACAUGGGCUUGACUCCAGAAGACUCAAGAAAAGAUACUCAGAUUCCUCAGUGUCUUUUAAGUUGGAUUGACUUGACAAGAUGUAAGUUUUGGGAAACUCAACAGGCAUGACUGUGGGUUCCUCAGCAAAAGGCACUACCCUCCUGGUGACUCUUAUGUUUCAAAUUAAUGUCCUGAAGUCAGAUUUUCAUCAAACUGCAACUGAAUUGACAUCUCUUCGAAUUUCAUCUUCCAACUUAGAAUAAUUGACAUUUCUUCUAAGUUGGAAGAUGAAAAAGGAAAUAAAACGUAUUUUAAGAAAGCUUUUAGAAUUCUGAUAAGAGCUUAAUUACAGGCACAUCGCCAAAAGAUGGCCAUAAGCAUGGGAAAAGUCUCAAGACCACUGGCUUUAAAUCCUACCUUCACGUCGCAGUCAGCUUCAUCUUUGAAACUAAGAUGAUAAGUUGAAACAUUUUUAUCCCAGUUGCUCUCCUGUCCUAUUUCUCCCCUCUGAGUGGAUGCUUUCUGGAGGUUCAUGCACCCAUGAGAAGGAUGAAGCAGCGCUGCUUUUCACUGUGACCACACAGCUGCUCCCCGAAGGCUGAGCCCUGCCUACUCUUCACCGUCUCACCACAGAUCGACCACCAAGGAACAGAACAAAGUCCCUGUUUUUGUCCAUCAAUGCCUGGGUUUCCUCUCUGCUGCUCUUAUUACUUGAAACUGAGAAAUAGCACAAACUCAGUAUGAUUUUAUGAGGCAUAUCAAAGAAAUUACCAGAAUCUGCUGUCUGCUUAAAACUACCAGGGAUUGAAAGGAGAAGAAAAUGAGUGUUUGAACUCAAGGUACUUGCAACCAAACGGGGUAAUGGGCCUUAAUACAAGCAUGAGAAAUGUUAAAUAUUUUCUAUGAAUUAUCAAAUUUAAUCUAACUUAAUGCUUACAAUGACUGUAUGAGGUAAAUUCUAUCAUUAUUCUCAUUUUGGAAAGGAGACAACUGAGGGAGUUAGAGGCUAGGUAACUUAUAAAUGGAGUGUCAAAGCCAGGAAUGAACACUAUACCUGCUUCGCAUUUAUUGUAGGUCUUGAUGAAGCAUAUGGAAGUGUGGUCGUCUCAUUGCGUAGCUUAUAUUUAAGUUUCUAGGUGAGGAAGAUUAUGUGGUACCUGAACACCCUAGCUUCCAUUAUAUGUCCAGUCUAGGGAAAAAGACUUUGCCUAAUGCAAAGAAGGCAAAGAAGGCAAAGAAGGCUGUGGGUUAAGAGAGGAUUUGGUUUCAAAAGGAUUGUAGAUAUUGGGGAGGAGAAGUAUAUCUUUCUCACUCAUCCUAUGUUCAUGGCUGAGGCCUCUAUAACCAAAGACAGGUUAACAAAAGAAAAGUGUACAAAUUUAUUUACCGUGUUUUAUGUGACAUGUGAGACUUCAGAAAGACUCAAACACUUAAACUUAUGUAUUUUUAUGUUAAGUUUGACAAAGAGUGGAAUUGAACAAGGGGGUAUUAUGUAAUGGUACUGAAGCGGUGGGAACUUAGCGAGGCCUAUUCAGAUUCUUCUCUUACUAUUUGGUUCUACAACAAGAGUCUUUUAUUCUUUUAACCAUUGAUGGUCUAUCUCUAACAUUCCCUUUAAGGGUCUGAGUAAAGUUGAGAAUCUUUGAAAAAACACUGAUGUGAUUAAAUAUAGUGUACAGAAAUCUAUUUACAGUCAAUAAGCCAGUAAGGCUUGGGGCUUUAAGAGAUGUGAAGCCUGUGUGUGUGUGUGUGUGUGUGUGUGUUUCCUCUCUGUGACCCCGUGUCUUCAGAAAUAAGGAGGUUCCUGUCCUCCAUGUAUAGGAAGGACACUUCUGGAAUGAGGGUCUCAUGACCUGCUUCAGUGGAAGAUCAGAAAAUUCUUUCUAGGGAAAGAAUUUCCUGUCUAAAGACCUGGUCUAAAAGACCUGGUAAUUAAAGUAAAUUCAUUUUUCUUUUCAUGAA